CCCGCUCCCUUCUUUUGCGGCCCGCAGAAGCUGUGAAAUUGGAGAGGGCUGCGCGCGCUUGCUCUGUUGGGAAGAAGAGGGUGAACCUCAGAGCAUUCACCGGCUUUUCAUCGGGGAUUCCCGGUGACGCCUGGUAGGAGUGGAGAGCUACUUCGUCGCAACACGCACGCACCACCCACAAACAGACACGGAGAGAGAGAGAGAUAUAAACCCCCUGCGCGUGAAAAGAAGAGCUGAGCUGCGAUAGCCGCGAGCCCAUUGAAAUGGCGGAGACGCAGGUGGUGGUGGUGAUGUCGUGCUUGGCCGCUUUGACUUGGCUGCAGAAGGUUGAAUCUCCAUCACUUCGAGUCCACUGCGAUCCUGCAGAAUUCCCAUAUUCUGGGAUUUGUUGCAAACGCUGUCCUGCGGGUACCUUUGUUGAGGAGUUCUGUACUGUUCCACGAACACAGGGAAGAUGUGAAUUCUGUAUAGAUGGAGAAACGUAUACUGACCAUGAAAAUGGUUUAGCCCACUGCUUCCCGUGUAGUGUCUGCAAAUCUGGUUUCAAAAUGAUAGCACCUUGCACCAGUAAGAAGAACACUGAAUGUCAGUGCAAUGAUGGUUAUUUCUCUCAAGGCUGUGAGGAGUGUAUGAAAUGCAGGACACAGUGUCCUGAAGGACAGGUGGUAAUGAAAAGCUGCAAUGCCACAACAGAUAUGAAAUGCGGAUCACAUUUCCAGAAACUUCAGAUUCCUUUUCCAAGCAUUUACAUCGGGAUUGGUGUUUCAAUUGGAGUGGUUUUCUUGGCAAUUGUCAUCAUUGGUUGUUUAGUUUACUGCAUGUAUAAAAGGAGAAAAUCUAAAGGAAUGAAAGAAUCCAGAGACAACUUGAUAUCUGAUAAUGAGAAUAAAAACUCUAAAACUGAAGCCUCUGCUCCUCCUCAGGACAGACUGCCUGAAACUGCGGAGGGAGAGGAUUUGGAGAUGAGGGAACAAGACUCUUUCCUUCCAAAUAGGCCAUCUGUGUCAUCAUCACUUGAGGCUGCUUGUUCAAAUGGGCAGUCCAGUGGAGGGAAUAAUGUACAGAGCUCUAACAAUCCUGCAGUAAGGUUUAAUACUUCCUGUAAGGAAAAAUUGGAGAAGACUUAUUUUAAAACAACGGACAGAGUGUUACCACAUUAUUGGCAAAGACUUAUGAGGGAAUGUGGCUUAUCAGAAAUUGACCUAGAGAACAUAAAACUUGAUAAUGCUCAACAUUCUAAUGAACAGCGUCAUCAGAUGUUAAGAACUUUGCGAGACAGGAAUGGAGUUGUUCCUGCUUUUAAUAAAAUACUUGACAGCCUGAAAGAAAUGCAUCUUAAUGGUAUUUAUGAAAAUAUAAUGAAUGAACUAAUAAGUGAACAUUUAAUAAUAAAUGCGACUGAAGACUAAUUUAGCUUUUAUUUCUUUAUUUUUGACUAUGCAAAAACCGGACAGAGAAGAGUCUUCUCUGAAAAGGGACUUUUUAUGCAUCAAUUUACUUUAGUGCAUUUUCCCUUGGCUGAAGAUGUGUAAACUGACAACACAGUUGUUGAACUUUUGGGAAAUAAAAUGCUGCAUAUCUGAGUGGGUAAAUUUUGCAACAUUCAAACUUUACAAUGGAUAAUACAACAACCAAUAAGAGCUUGGUCAGUGUUUGGAAAUUACAGGUUUUUAUGUGAUUCUGUACUGUCCUCUAUAAAAAUGCUAUUGUAACCAAAAUUCAGUAUUCAAUAUUACGUGAACUGCUAACAUACAGCAGGCUGAAGCUGGAUACAGUAGUUUUCUAUGGAAUCACAAUCGUCUAACCUGUUGGGUAAGUGGAAUUUGACUGUGUAAAACUAUGUAAAUAAAUCAGGCAGGAACUGUGUUCGCAUUUGCUACUAUAGUAUGAAAUGACUGAUUGAUUGCAAUACUUCAUUUGUGAUCUUAAAUACAAAGAGUGUGCUGCAUCAUACUCUGCAACUUUUUGUACAUAUUUUCUAAUAAAAAAUUACUUCUGAUUCCUUUA